AUGAGGAAUGAGAAAGGGAAUAGAGAGAAUGAAGGAGAAGAACGAAAGAAACGGAAAGACGAUUGGGUCGAUGUUGCUGAUUGUGGUGGUGGUGAUGAUCCGAUGCUCCAAUUAGGUAGAACGGAACUUAAGAUUGUGCCAGAUGUUUCAAGCCAUGGUUUCAGCUUUACUGCUCCACGGAGAUGCCGCCGGAGCUCUCCUCACGUGAGUCCUCUCACCUCUUAG